ACCGUCCCAUUGCGUCUGAAUUGGACAAACAUUGCUAGUGGGCAUAACCAAAUGUAAUGCCAAAUAUAAUAAUGCCAAAGCAAAACUGUUUGAAGAAAGGUUUUUUCUAACUUUUGGGAACCUUUUUGCUGCCUGAGGACUUAAACUUGGGACAAACGAACACGAACACGCUCAGGACACGCGUCUAUCAAAGGAUCAUGAAACUGUCUGUACUCCUAAUGGUUCUCCAACUGUGGGGAAAUGUGGAAGUUUCUUUAUCACAGAAUGACCUCCUCUCCUGUAAAGUUGCCGUGAUGCACAGUCAUCUCUAUGUAGCUGGACUACCACCAGCAUAUGAAAGAAUGAAGAUUGGACAUAAGUUACGGUUUCAAUGCAGCGAUGAAUAUGCUCUGAACGGGUCUGAAGAGGUUGAAUGUUUGCAAACUGGGCAGUGGAAUACACUCUUUCCAACAUGUGUUGCUGAUAUCACCUGUAAAGUUGGCGUGAUGCACAGUCAUCUCUAUGUAGCUGGACUACCACCAGCAAAUGAAACAAUGAAGACUGGACAUGAGUUACAGUUUCGAUGCAGCGAUGAAUAUGCUCUGAAUGGAUCUGAAGAAGUCAAAUGUUUGCAAACUGGGCAGUGGAAUACAUCCUUUCCAACAUGUGUUGCUGACAAAUGCAAAGUCACAGGUGUACCCAACACUGUACGCAUCUACGCACCAAACAAUCUACUAGGAACGGGAGAACAUUUAAGGUUUGCUUGUCGCCAGGCUGGACACAUUCUCCGAGGGAAUACGGUGAUUGAAUGUUUAGCAGGUGGACAGUGGAAUCAUCCCUUCCCAACUUGUGGGGAGCCUUUGGGCUGUGGGAGACCACCAUUCCUUGAGGAUGGAGACAUCAAAGGACAUGUUCAAACAAAUUACAGCCAUAAUGAAAAGGUUGAAUACGUCUGUCAGAAUUACUACACUAUAGAGGGUGGGCCACAAACCUGCUUCGAUGGUAAAUGGAUUGGACAGAUGAAAUGCCUCAAGCCCUGCACUGUGGAUGUACAAGAAAGCCAGAAUAAUGUUGUCUUCAGAUAUACAGAUAAAAAAAAACUGUAUGUUCACCAUAAGGAUCAAAUUGAGUUCACGUGUAUUCGAGGAAAACAACAUGACAGCGUACUGAGCCUGCGUCAGACAUGUGUUGAUGGUGUGGUGGACCUGCCUACUUGCCUGUAAAGCUUUGUAGUCGGCUGGAUGUGAUACAUAUAAGCUGGCUGAACAAACGCAUUAAGCAAAGUUAGAAAGUCUGGACUGAUAAUUGGUAAUUUUAAUAAAACUUAUAUUUUCACCAA